AUCAUCUGCCAAAAUUUCAAAAGUCCAUCACCAAGUCAAUUACAUCACGGAGCUUUUACCUCAACCUCCCUCCACUUAUCUUUCCUUCCAUACCAUCUCGUCACCUUAAUCAGUUCUGUCUCUGUGCAAGCACUUUUCAGAUAUGGCUUCUGCUUCCACCUUUGUCUUUGCAUUGCUUGCCAUAUUUUCCAUCGUUGUGGCUAUUCGACCAGUCACUGCCGAUCCACUAGGCAACCUACUGGCUCCUAUCUUCUCUCCAAUAUUGGAUGAUGUGUGCAAAGAAGUAGAAUGUGGAAAAGGGACUUGUAAGCCAUCAAGUAAUAGCACUUUCUUUUUUGAAUGUGAAUGUGAGCCUGGUUGGAAGCAGACUUCUAACAACACUCAUCACUUCAAGUUCCUCCCUUGCGUGAUUCCCAAUUGUAACCUGGAUUUUUCCUGCACGAAAGCUCCAGCCCCUGUUUCAGAUCAAGCGGGCAAAGCCAAUGAGUCAUCAAUCUUUGAUCCUUGCUUCUGGUCGUAUUGUGGAGGCGGCUCGUGCAACAAGACAUCAAAAUUCACAUACAACUGCAAAUGUGAUGAGGGUUAUGAUAAUCUUCUCAAUGUCACCACCCUUCCUUGCUUUGAAGAAUGUGCAAUUGGAAUGACCUGUGCAAACCUUGGGAUUUCCGUGUCGAAUAAAUCUACUGCUUCGCCACCGGCUUUGUCUGACAAUGGUAAGAAUCAAGGUAGCUCGAUGGUCCAAGUGAACUCUGCUGCAUUGGUGAUCCUCAUGAUGUUUGCUGCUAUGGUUCAUUGGAAAUAAAAUGAGUUGUUCCAGGCUAUUUUUUGCACCACAUCUUCGAAACAUGGUUGAUCACUGCAUUGUUUAUUUGAUAUCACGCAGCCACCUUAGUUAACUCUCACAUUUGCACGUUGAUUUCCGAUCCGAUGAACAAGUUACUGCAUAUACUCAGGGAAGUGCUCAUCGCACUCCUAUAUUUAUCUUUCACCAAUACAAAGAGUGAAGAGGAUUUUUGGUUCA